AUGCCCCGCCUACCACUCACCCCCGACCGCCCCCCCUCCUCCACCGCUUCCUCCAUCAACGCAGACGAUCCCGACACCCGCCCACUCCUAGACGAGUCGCGCCAGCGGGCAAGCCACUUCCUGCAGGGGUUCGCGGACUUCGCCCUUCCAGGGGCAACGUGCUGGAGAUCGCGUUCGGGCUGGUGCUGGCGUCCAUGUUCACGGCGCUGUAAUGGUGACGUCGCUGGUCAGCGACGUGCUGCUGCCGCCGCUGUCGGUGCUGCUGCCGCUGAACCGCAACCUGGAGGACGGGAGAAGUUCGCCGUCCUGCGGCCCGGGCCGAACGCCGGCGGCCACAGGGAGGGGGCGAGGGAUGAUGGGGCGGUUGUUAUGGCGUAUGGGGUCUUCUUGAAUCGGCUGCUGAAUUUCAUGGGCGUCGGCUUCUCGCUCUAUGGCCUGGCCGCCGUGUACCAGUAUUUCUCGCGGGAUCCGAUCAUCAAGCACAUGGUUAAGUGCCGGUAUUGCCGGAAGAGGAUCAAUGAGAAGGCCUUGCGGUGUGUGAACUGUUCAAGUUGGCAGGACGGCAGGGAAGAUCUGCAACCCAACUGAGGAGGCUGGUAUGCAUAGUCAAGGUUGCUGGGCAGAAGAAGAGAGUUUUCCGGUCACUGACCAUAAACCCAUACUGCGUAUGCCUUCGGGGAGACUCGGGGCUAACAGGCUACGUCAGCUAGCUGUUGCUCAAGGACGGGAACCUCUCACAGGGAAUACCUCGGAGCGGGCUCUGUGUCAAGCCUCAGCCCCAGCUCUAUUGCAAGGAGUAUCCAAACGCAAGACGUGGGUAUCAAGUACAGAUAGUGGUAGCUAUGGUAGUCUGAUCUCCCUUUUACGAAGCACGUUUCUUCAACCCUCUACAGCAAAAUGGCGCCGCCAAUCAUGGCCGCCGCGCCCAGGACGGCGGCGUUCUGGGUGAUGCGAGGCACGCCGGCCGUGCUGCUGCUCGAGCUCGGGGCGGGGACCGUGCUCGGGGCAGGAGCUGUGCCGUUGUUGUUGGCGGCGGAGGUCGUCGGCGGCACCGCCGCGGUCGAGAGCGUGGUGGGAGUGGUGGCGGCCGUGCCGCUGCCGUCGGCUGUGCUGGGUCCUCCGGUGGCACUGGGUCCCUCGGUGGCGGUGGUAGCGGCAGUAGCGGCGCCCGACAGCUUCUCGGCGCCGGCGGUGAUGGUCAGGGGAACGACGAAGUCGCUGUACGAGGUCAGGGUGUCGGCCCCGGCCGAGGUGUGCCCUGGCCUGAUGAUUGUUUCGCGGCAGUCGGCCGAGUUCUCGGCCGGGUCCAGCUUGCAUUCGGCGAGGGCGGUGAAUGCGGCUGCCUGAUACGUCAUGGCAUAGGACCAGGUCGACUGCCCGUAGACAACGCGCAUGCCGUCGCCCGCGCCACAGUCCUCCUCGGGCUCGUUUGUCGGGCAGGCGACAAAGUACUCGGUGGCAGUAGGUCCGGCCGAGAUGACGGAGCCAACGAUUUCCGCUUCGUCUAGCAUUGGUAGCAGGACCUGGACGACAGUAGUUGAUGCGGCGGCUGCGACGCAAGCCGCCAGGAGGAGGGACGAUGCGGGCUUCAUGUUGGUGGUGGUGGUGGUGGUGGUGGUGGUGGUAACUCAGGAUCCUCAGCACCUUAGCGCUGAAGGAACGACAGUACAGUGAAACUGAGACAAACACGCAGAAGAUGAACGAGAGAAUGAACGACUGAACGAGUGGCUGACGGAG